GGGAUUCAAAUAUCGACCGUGCGCUGUUUAUCAAACUGAGGUUAGGUUGCUACAGUGACAGAUAAGUCAGAUCGCUAAAAUAUGUUUAUAAAAUCGCCCAUAUCCAUAUAAAACAUACAAAAAUGGUUAAUUUUCAGUAUUUUUUUAUGAUAUGUAUUGUUACUUUAAUAAUACAAACCAACGGAUUACCAUAUCAAGGAAAAUGGGAAGAAACACUGUCACAGGAUGUGAAUAAUAUUAUAUUUUCGCUAAGUCUAUAUAAAAAUGCUCAGGUUUUUAUACAUGUUAAUUGUGAUUCACUUGAGGGCCAACCUGAUGUAGGCAUUAAGUUUAAUAUUAUACAGUCACCAUGCUGGGACAGCACAGAAGCUCAAAAAAUUUUAAAACAGAUGAUGUCAAUACCAACAUUCAGAAAUUUAACUCAUUUAGAAUUGGAAUUAUCAAGAACAUUUCAAUGUAAUGACCACAUAAUGUUGAUUGGCUCUGGUUUAAAUGAUAAUGAAAAAUCCAUGCACAAAGGAGCACAUCCUGUUUAUUCAGCUAAACAUGAUGGGGUGUAUGUUUUUGCUUUUGCAGCUAACAGUAAUGCCUCUGAUUAUAAUAUGGGGGUUCAUUUUGACAUCAAGAACGAUUAUGGAUAUUUGUCGGCAGCAGAUUGGCCAUUGUUGCCGUUCUAUGGGUUUAUGUGUAUUUUAUAUGUUAUUUUGGGCUUGAUUUGGUUAAUUUUGUCGUUUAUGCAAUGGAGGGAUUUGCUGAGGGUGCAAUUUUGGAUUGGAGGAGUUAUUUUGUUGGGGAUGUUGGAAAAAGCAACCUUUUAUGCUGAAUAUCAAAGCAUUAAUAAUACAGGUAGUAAAGUUCAGGGUGCUGUGUUGGCGGCAGAAUGGAUGUCAUGCGCAAAGCGUACCCUGGCUAGAAUGCUAGUCAUUAUAGUAAGCCUUGGCUUUGGCAUUGUCAAACCUAGGUUAGGUUCAACUUUGCACCGAGUCGUAGGAGUGGGGAUGCUUUAUUUCUUUCUGGCCGCGUCGGAAGCCUAUUUAAGGAUUAUCAAGUCUAAAAACGAAAAUUCCAGGGAUCUACUUGUAGCUCAGGUCCCAUUGGCUGUUUUGGAUUCCGCAAUUUGCUGGUGGAUAUUUAGUGCUCUAGUAAAUACCACCAGAACUCUACGAUUAAGAAGAAACGAAACUAAAUUAGCUUUGUACCGUCAUUUCACCAACACCCUCAUAUUUUCUGUAGUAGCAUCGGUAUUUUUCAUGCUGUAUUGUCUCAAGGCUCAUAAUUAUGUACAAUGUCUAAAGACUUGGAAGGACAUCUGGAUCGACGACGCCUUUUGGCACAUCAUGUUUUCCGCGCAACUAUUGGUGAUCAUGAUCCUGUGGCGCCCGACCAAUAACAAUCAGCGGUACGCUUUUGUUCCGCUGCUCGACACUGGCGACGACGAAGAAGAAGAAGAACGACUAGUUAGCGACGCAUACGGAGUCAAGGUGAGAAUUCACCAUCCCAAAACCACCACAUCACAAUCUAGAAAUAGCCUAGAUGACGACUUAAAAUGGCUUGAAGAAAACGUAAAAAGCGAAGCAGCACUUCCCAUUCUCGAUUCGGAUGAAGAAAUGGUCAAUACCAGGUUUGAAGUUUCAAAAAUGCAGUAAACACCAAGGUGAUUUAUAAUUAAAACUGAAAAAUUUAAAUUAAAGGCAUUGUCAUACUUAAUUUAAUACUAUUGCGCACUUUUUUAGAAUUUUGUGAUUCGAGACGUGUGUUUGGUUUAUGCUCCGGUUUAAAUACACUUUUUAUUUAAACUAAUUACAAUUAGUUUCCUACUACAACCUUAAGAAUAAUAUUGAUUAUCGAAUUGUAAAUAUGUAUUAUACUUUGCAGUACAAGUUUAGAGCAUACAUGUAUUUAAGUUUAUGUGUGCCAUAUGUGAUGUAAAUUUCGUUUAAAAAGGCGUUGAUUUCUUGAACGAAGUUCAGUAUAAGUAUUAAGAAUUUUUUGCAAUUGUGUGCUUUAUUUUACUUUUAUUUUUACCGAAAAUAUAAUAGUGUGUAGAACUUUUUAUGUGAAAAUUUAAAUAUACCUGUAAAAUUAUAUUAAUAGUUGUACCCAAAGUAAAUUUUUUGUAUACCUACCAAUCAUCUACAUUUAUUUGAGAUUUUUUAUAUUUUACUGUAAUAGAGGACAUUCUUUAUUUCUUUUUGAUUUUUUACUUUGUAUAAAUUAAAUAUUAUUUGUGUUCUUUAAUAUAUUCCUUAUUUUAACUAUUUUAUUUUAUAUCCAAGGAUAUUUGGAUUUUAUUACUUAUAAAUAUCGAACGUAUUUAUUUGCCAGCUGUUGUUAAUAGUUAAUAUAAUAAAGUUA